CAGACCACACAGCCUUCCAGAAGCCAUGGGUGUCGCUAGACCCAGCUGGGACUCUGCCAGGCUCCGGUGCUCAGUCUAAGACAAAGGCCGCCUCUCAGCCCUGCUCUUCCUGCCUGUCAUGGCCACACUUGGAUGCUGCCUGCUUGUCUGGGGACACAGGGCACUAAGCCCCAGCCCUAAGAGGUUAAGCCGGGCCUUCUGGCUCCAUUCCACAGGGGCACUGCAGACCCCAGACUCCUUUCAGAGCAAGAGCAACUGAUGCCAUGGCAGAAACCCCUGCCCACCUGUCUUCUUGCCUGGCACUGCCCACUCCGAGACCUGUGCCCUUCUGGGUCCUCCUGCGGGUACCAACCCUGUGAGUCCCUCCCCAUCCCCUGACGUGCAGAAGGUCCUGUCCACCCCUACCAUGUGUGAGGUGAUGCCCACAAUCAAUGAGGGGGACCCUUUGGGGCCCCCCCAUGGCGCCGAUGCUGACGCCAACUUUGAGCAGCUGAUGGUGAACAUGCUGGAUGAGCGGGAGAAGUUGCUGGAAUCCCUUCGAGAGAGUCAGGAAACCUUGGCAGCCACACAGAGCCGGCUCCAGGAUGCCCUGCAUGAGCGGGACCAGCUCCAGCGCCACCUUAACUCUGCCCUCCCUCAGGAAUUUGCUACCUUAACCCGGGAGCUGAGCAUGUGUCGGGAACAGCUUCUAGAGCGGGAGGAAGAGAUUUCGGAGCUGAAAGCAGAACGGAAUAACACAAGGUUGCUUCUGGAACAUCUGGAGUGCCUGGUAUCUCGCCAUGAGCGGUCACUGCGGAUGACUGUGGUGAAGCGCCAGGCCCAGUCACCUUCGGGGGUCUCUAGUGAGGUGGAGGUGCUAAAGGCCCUCAAGUCGCUGUUUGAGCACCACAAGGCCCUGGAUGAGAAGGUGCGAGAGCGGCUCCGGGCAGCACUGGAAAGAGUUACCACCUUGGAGGAGCAACUGGCAGGAGCCCACCAGCAGGUGUCUGCCCUGCAGCAGGGGGCAGGGGUUCGGGAUGGAGUGGCAGAAGAGGAGGGGACUGUGGAGUUGGGACCAAAACGCCUAUGGAAGGAUGACACAGGCCGGGUGGAGGAGCUACAGGAGCUCCUGGAGAAGCAAAACUUUGAGUUGAGCCAGGCUCGGGAGAGACUGGUCACUCUGACAGCAGCCGUGACUGAACUGGAAGAGGACCUGGGCAUAGCCCGUCGGGACCUCAUCAAGUCAGAGGAGAUGAGCAACAAGCAUCAGCGGGACCUCCGGGAGGCUCUGGCCCAGAAGGAAGACAUGGAGGAGCGAAUUACCACGCUGGAGAAGCGCUAUCUGGCUGCUCAGCGUGAGGCCACAUCCAUCCAUGACCUUAAUGACAAGUUGGAGAAUGAACUGGCCAACAAGGAGUCCCUGCACCGCCAGUGUGAAGAGAAGGCCCGUCACCUACAGGAGCUGUUGGAGGUGGCAGAGCAGAAGCUGCAGCAGACAAUGCGCAAGGCAGAGACUCUGCCAGAGGUGGAGGCUGAGCUGGCCCAGAGAAUUGCAGCUCUCACCAAGGCUGAGGAGCGGCACGGCAACAUUGAGGAGCACCUGCGGCAGCUGGAAGGGCAGCUAGAGGAGAAGAACCAGGAGCUGGCAAGGGUGCGCCAGCGGGAGAAGAUGAAUGAAGACCACAACAAGCGGCUGUCAGACACUGUGGAUCGGUUGCUCAGUGAGUCCAAUGAACGCCUGCAGCUCCACCUCAAGGAGCGUAUGGCCGCGUUGGAGGAGAAGAACACGCUGAUCCAGGAAUUGGAGAGCUCCCAGCGCCAGAUUGAGGAGCAGCACCAUCACAAGGGCCGCCUGUCUGAAGAGAUUGAGAAGCUGCGCCAAGAGGUGGACCAGCUGAAGGGUCGAGGGGGGCCGUUUGUGGAUGGCAUCCACUCCAGGUCUCAUGUGGGCAGUGCAGCAGACCUGCGCUUCUCCCUGAGCACAACCACCCACGCACCCCCAGGCCUGCAUCGACUCUACUCGGCACUGAGGGACGAGUCUGCCAAGGACUGGGAGUCAUCACCACUGCCUGGGGUGCUGGCCCCCAAAGCCACGCCUGCCUUUGACAGCGACCCUGAGAUCUCCGAUGUGGAUGAGGAGGAACGAGGGGGGUUGGUGGGUGCUGUGGAUAUUGUCUCCCCCAGUGGCCACUCGGAUGCCCAGACCCUGGCCAUGAUGCUACAGGAGCAACUGGACGCAAUCAACGAGGAGAUCAGGAUGAUCCAGGAAGAGAAGGAGUCCACAGAGCUGCGUGCAGAGGAGAUCGAGACACGCGUGACCAGUGGCAGCAUGGAGGCACUGAACCUGACACAGCUGCGCAAGCGCGGUUCCAUUCCCACCUCUCUGACUGCCCUGUCCCUGGCCAGUGCAUCCCCACCACUCAGCGGCCGCUCCACACCAAAGCUCACCUCCCGCAGUGCCGCCCAGGACCUGGAUCGAAUGGGGGUCAUGACCCUGCCCAGUGACUUAAGAAAGCAUAGGAGGAAGCUGCUGUCGCCAGUGUCUCGGGAAGAGAACCGAGAGGAUAAAGCCACCAUAAAAUGUGAGACUUCUCCUCCUUCCUCACCCAGGACGCUGCGGCUAGAGAAGCUUGGCCACCCAGCCCUGAGCCAGGAAGAAGGCAAGAGUGCCUUGGAGGAUCAAGGCAGCAACCCCAGCAGCAGCAACAGCAGCCAGGACUCCUUGCACAAAGGCGCCAAGCGCAAGGGCAUCAAGUCGUCCAUUGGCCGCCUGUUUGGGAAGAAGGAGAAAGGGAGGCUGAUCCAGCUGAGUCGGGAUGGAGCCACAGGCCAUGUUCUAUUGACAGACUCCGAGCUUAGUCUUCAGGAACCCUUGGUCCCUGCCAAGCUGGGGACCCAAGCAGAAAAGGACCGACGACUAAAGAAGAAACACCAGCUGCUUGAAGAUGCCCGCAGGAAAGGCAUGCCCUUUGCCCAGUGGGAUGGCCCUACUGUGGUCUCCUGGUUGGAGCUCUGGGUAGGAAUGCCUGCCUGGUACGUGGCAGCCUGCCGGGCCAAUGUCAAGAGUGGUGCCAUCAUGUCUGCCCUGUCGGACACAGAGAUCCAGCGAGAGAUUGGCAUCAGCAAUGCCUUGCACCGGCUCAAGCUACGGCUGGCCAUCCAGGAGAUGGUGUCCCUGACCAGCCCCUCUGCCCCGCCCACCUCCAGGACUUCUUCUGGGAAUGUCUGGGUCACCCAUGAAGAGAUGGAAACUCUGGCAACAUCCACCAAAACAGACAGCGAGGAGGGCAGCUGGGCCCAGACCCUGGCCUAUGGAGACAUGAACCAUGAGUGGAUUGGGAAUGAAUGGCUGCCCAGUCUUGGGCUCCCUCAGUACCGCAGCUACUUCAUGGAGUGCCUGGUGGAUGCACGCAUGCUGGAUCACCUCACCAAGAAAGACCUGCGGGUCCACCUGAAGAUGGUGGACAGCUUCCAUCGAACCAGCCUUCAGUAUGGCAUCAUGUGUCUGAAGAGGCUAAAUUAUGACCGGAAGGAGUUGGAGAAGAGGCGGGAGGAGAGUCAGCACGAGAUCAAGGAUGUGCUGGUCUGGACCAACGACCAGGUUGUUCACUGGGUCCAGUCUAUUGGGCUUCGGGAUUAUGCAGGAAACCUGCAUGAAAGUGGGGUCCAUGGCGCCUUGCUGGCCCUGGAUGAGAACUUUGAUCACAACACAUUGGCCUUGGUCCUCCAGAUUCCCACGCAGAACACCCAGGCCCGCCAGGUGAUGGAAAGAGAGUUCAAUAACCUUUUGGCGUUGGGCACAGACCGGAAGCUGGAUGACGGGGAAGACAAAGUGUUCCGCCGUGCCCCGUCUUGGAGGAAACGCUUCCGGCCGCGGGACCACCACAGCGGGGGCAUGCUGGGCACGUCGGCCGAGACCCUCCCGGCGGGCUUCCGAGUGUCCACGCUGGGUCCCCUGCAGCCCCCGCCCGCCCCACCCAAGAAGAUCCUUCCGGAAGCUCGCUCCCACUAUCUCUACGGACACAUGCUCUCCGCCUUCCGGGACUAGCCACGGCCUGGGUUGCCUGGCAUCUCCCGGGUUCCCAGGCUCAGCCGGCCCCCGGCCCCUCCUGCUCGCUCCCCUUCUUCCACGCCGCCCAGUCUCGUCC